AUGGAGGAAAACAGUUCAUUUCUGAACCCUGAGUACAAUGACAGCACCACUGUUUGGGCACCAAUACCCUCAGCUCCCAGCAGACAACUGGGCACCCUUCCCAACCCGCAGACACACUUCAAGGACCUGACAGGGAUAUUUUUCAUGGUGACCCUGAAUGUUCUGGCACUUCUAUCCAACACUGCUGUUCUGGUUGUUGUCAUAAAAGCUCCUCAUCUCAGGAAAUUUGCCUUCGUGUGCCACCUGUGUGGAGUGGACCUGCUGUGUGCCAUCUUGCUCAUGCCUCUUGGUAUUGUGUCCAACUCUCCAUACUUUGCUGGUGUGGUGUUCACUGUACUGGAGUGUCAAGUUUACAUCUUCCUCAAUGUAAUCCUCAUAGCUGCCUCUAUCUUCACCAUCACAGCCAUCAGUGUGGAACGUUACUACUAUAUUGUCCACCCCAUGCGCUAUGAGGUCAAGAUGACCCUGAGGCUGACUUCAGCCGUGAUAGUGAUGGUGUGGGUGGCCUCUGCAGUGCUGGCGUUGUCUACUGUGUUUGGGUGGCCGUCUUACGGCAGCCUGAGCUCCAUCAGUGCUGCACACUGCUCACUGCACUGGAGCCACAGUGACCACAGACGGGUCUUCUCUGUGUUCUUUAGUGUCACCUGUUUCUGCCUGCCUGCUGUUGUGAUUUUUGCUGUCUACUGUAAUGUGUACAAAGUGGCCCGUGUGGCUGCCCGCCAGCAUGGACCUCUGCCCUUGUGGACAAACAGUCAAGUGAAGCAUCGCUCUGACUCAAUAAACAGCCAGACUACCAUCAUCACAACCCGCAACACCCCACGUAGGAUUAUGCGUGACCGGCCUUUUGGUGGAGGUAAAGCCGCUCUCACUCUGGUGGUUAUUGUUGGCCAGUUUCUGAUCUGCUGGCUGCCUUACUUUGCCUUUCACCUCCAUCUGACUUUAGAUGCAACUCCCAAGAUUCCCGAUGACCUGAAGGAAACAGUCACUUGGCUGGCAUAUUCCUCCUUUGCUAUUAACCCAUUUUUUUAUGGGCUUCUUAACCGGAAGAUCCGGGAGGAACUUUGUAAGCUGAGGCGCUGCUACUCAGCACGGCCAGUAGAGCUGCCCGUCUCCAGCCAUGAGGGCUCAGGCCAUGAGAAUUUUCUGCAGUUCCUCCAUAGGACCAGCUGCACAGUAGAGACACGUGCAAGUUUUACCACAUCCAGUAUGAGAAGCACUCUGGAUCAAACUGGGCAGACUGGUUUCAGGAUACCGGGACAGAUCCCUGAAGAGUUCAGUUAG